UUUCGCCACGUGUGUCGACGAGAGAGUUGCGCGAUGCCUAUGUACGGUCAUCGACCUGAAAACGCGCUCAAACGGGCACAAGAAUUUUUGGAUGUGGGCAAGAAGGAGCCCGCUCUGGAAGUUCUCUACGAGACCAUCAAGAACAGAAGAAAUAGAACAUGGAUGAAAGUGCAUGAAGAAAUUCUUAAGCUCUACCUCAGGCUAUGUAUCGAUCUGAGACGUGGUCCUCUUGCGAAAGAGGGUCUCUACCAAUACAAAGCCAUUUGUCAGCAAGUUGCUCUCAAUUCGUUCGAAACUAUCGUCAAAUUUUAUCUCGAGGAGUCAGAUGAGCGAGCCGAAGACGCGCGCAAGGAGUCCGAAGAUACCGUCAAGAAGAUGAUGGUAGAAAUAGAAGAUUUAGACCAGAUGCAGACGCCAGAAAGCUUACUUCUAAGCUUUGUGAGUGGUGAAGGAACUCAAGAUAGAACUGAUCGUGCUUUGUUGACUCCUUGGGUUAAGUCACUAUGGGAAGCGUACAGAAAUGUUCUUGACCUUUUGAGAAACAACAACAAAGUAGAGAAGCUGUAUCAUGACACAGCACAGGAUGCCUUUCAGUUCUGUUUGAAAUAUUCUAGACGAACAGAGUUCAGAAAGCUGUGUGAUAAUUUGAGAAUGCACUUGCAACAUGUUGUGAAGCAUCAGGGGGCAACAAAUGCGAUUAACUUGAACUCUCCAGAGAGCUUACAGAUGCAUGUUGAGGCAAGACUGAUGCAGUUGGAGGCAGCCAUAUCAAUGGAACUGUGGCAGGAAGCAUUCAAGACAAUUGAAGAUAUUCACUCAUUGCUUAACUAUAGCAAGAAACCUCCCAAACCAGCUGUAGUUGCCAACUAUUACAACAAGCAGUCAAAAGUUUACUUGAUGGCUGGUGAUAGGUUGUACCAUGCCUGUGCUUGUCAUCAACUGUUCGUGCUGUCGAGAGAGCAGAAAAAGAACCUCUCACAAGAAGAGCUGCAAAAUUUGGCAACUAAGACUGUUCUUGCUACCUUGCAUGUUCCCAUUCCACAGGCCAAGAGUGACAUUGAACAUUAUCUGGAUGAUGAUGCGACUCAGGAGAAGAGACGAAGAUUGGCUUCAUUAUUAGGCCUUCAAGUUCCUCCUACAAGGCAGUCACUAAUGAAAGAUUUGAGCAAGUAUGGUAUGAUCCAGUUUGCAAUUCCUGAAGUUCAAGAGCUUUACCACUGGCUGGAAGAGGAAUUUAAUCCAUUACAAUUGUGUCAUCAUGUCAACAAUCUGUUUGAUGCCUUAAGAGAGAAAGAGGAAUAUGCUGUGUAUGUAAAACCCUUGGAAGAUGUUGUAGUCAUGAGGCUGAUCAAACAGGUGGCUCAAGUGUAUGAAUCUAUUGAACUUAGCAGACUCGAACAAAUGGUUCCUUUCACAUCAGGUUUCCGUCUGGAGAGAGCAAUUGUCCAUGCUGGGAGAAACCUCAAUAUUCAAGUGCGUAUUGAUCAUAUCACCAAGUGUCUCCAUUUCGGCUCGGAUCUGAGUGCUGCUCAGAAAGAUCGAGUGACAGAAGGUCCACAAGUGCAGGCAAUGCCAUCAGAUGUUAUCAGAAACCAGUUAAUCAAAAUGGCGACUGCAUUGCAACAGGCUGCAGACAUUAUUGAUCCUAAGGCAAGAGAGGAGAAACAUGCAUCUGAACUGCUUGGCGUGGUACAAGUAUGCAGGCAGACAGCCAAACGAGAGCAUCGUUCUAUGUUACAACGUAAAGAGGUUAUUGAAAAACGGAAAGAGUACCUUGAACAGCUCAACACUGAAAGAGAACGACAGGAAAGGGAGGCAGCUGAAAAAGAGAAGCAGAAGGCACUUGCAUUGGAACUAGAGCGACUACAGAGAGAGAAAGAUGAAAGAGAGUUACAGCGAAAAAAGCGAGAACUAGAUGAAGUGACAAGGAAGCAAACAUUGGAAAAAAUAGAGCAGAUGAAGAAGACUGCACUGGGACAGAAGGCUUUGGCCGAUUUGAAACCGGAAGAGUUAGAAGAUUUAGAUCCAGAUAGUUUGCUUGCGAAGCAAGUUUGGCAGUUGGAAAUGGAGAAGAAGGAGCUGCAAGCCAAACUGACCGUACAGAUGAAGAAGGUUGAUCAUCUAGAAAGGGCUAAACGAACAAUAGAGAUUCCUAAGCUUCAUGAGCAAUAUGAACAGAAGCUUGUCAAUGAUGAAACUUUUCAUCAUGAACAAGAGACAAAGAGGAUUGCCACUGCUAAAGCUUUGCGACAAAACGCUCUGGACACUCAAGAACGAUUGCUGCGAAUGAGUGAAGAACAAGCUCUUUUCCUAAAAGAUGUCAAAAUGUCUAGAAAAGCUGCUUUUGAAGCAAGAAUGGAUGGUUACAAAAGGUGGUUGGCAGAACAGCGAGCAGUGAGACUAGAAGAGCGUCGGAAGGAGAGGAUUGAAGAGCGCCGAGCUACUUACUACAGAGAGAAGGAAGAAGAAAGGAGACGUAUAAAAGAAGAAGAAGAACGAGCAGCUCAAGAGAAAGAAAUGCAGAAGAAACGUGAAGAAGAAGAGGCUCGAAGUAGAGAACAAGAAGAACGUCAACGGAAACUAGAUGCACAGCUAUCUAUGCAGCAAGAACGUGAAAAAGAAAUUGAAGAGAAACUUCGACUUCAAGAACAGGAGGACAGACGUCUGGAAGAGAAAAGAAGGGAGACUACAAUUCGUGAGGGUGCCUUCCGAUCACGAGUUGAUGAAUCCAACUGGCGGCGUCAAGAUGAUGAGCUUCCCAUCACAGGGCGUAAAGAGAGAGAUGACCGUCCACCUGGUCGAUAUGUGCCAUCAUUCCGUCGUGAGGUAGAGAGAGAAAGCACGAGAGAACUUGAAAGAGAACAAGACUCUGGGCGACUUGAUUCGUGGGAGAGAGGUAGAGGCGUACCAGAGAGGGAUCGUGACCGUGGAGAUAGAGACCGAGGUCUAGGUGACAGACCAAGACGGGAUCUGGGAUAUGGCGAGAGAAGAGAAGGAGGAGGGGACUAUGGAGAGAGGAGAGAUCGAAGGGACCUAGGAUAUGAACGCGAGAAGAGAGACAGAGGAUAUGACCGCCAAGAUAGAAGAGAGGGUGACAGUGGUGAUAGACGAGGAUGGGAUCGCAGUGACAGAAGACAUAAUCUUGAUAGGGAAUGGGAUACUAGAGGUGAAAGAAGAGACAGAGGUGAGAGAGAUUUUGAUCAUUUAGAAAGAAGAGAGCGAUUUGACAGAGAUCUUGAUCGUGGAGACAGACAAGAGCGAGGUGACCGAGAGUUUGAUCGUGGAGAGAGAAGAGAACGAGGUGAUCGAGAUUUUGACUAUGGAGAAAGACGAGAACGAAGUGACAGAGAUUUUGAUCGUGGAGAAAGAAGACGUUGGGGUGAGCGGGAUUUUGAUCGCAGUGAGAAAAGAGACAGAGGUUUAGAUCGUGGAGAGAGAAGAGAUCGAGGUGAAAGAGAAUGGGAUCGUCGAGGUGACAGAGAUAGAGGUCCUCCUAGUGGUCGACCACGUGCAGAUGAUGACUGGCGUCGAUCAGCUGGUGAUUCUUCUCCUUCAAUCAGGCGAAGUCGUGAAGAUGGAAGUCGUUCAUUGCGGGAUGAUCGACCUGAAAGGAGAGGUCCACGAGACAGAUCACCGGGCCCAAGGGACGUAUGGCCUAAGGCGAAGCCCGAGAAAGAAGUGGAUGAAGAGGGAUUUGAAAAAGUUCAAAGGCGAAAAUGACUGAACUAUUUAAAUCAACUGAUGUUUGUGGUAGUGACGUUGUAGGUAGCUGUGUACUGGUUUGAGUGAAGAUGAUGUCGUUACUUUGGGACUCCCUGCUUGUCCCACUUGUUGUUUGAUAAAGUCACCUAGUUG